AUGGAAACUGCAACCUUAGUCGCUAUCUCCAUAUCUUGUUUACUCGUUAGCUUUACUGGUUAUGCCCUAUACACCGCCUUUGGGCAACCUUCUGAACAACUUCGAGAUCCUUUUGAAGAGCACGAGGACUAG